UGCGUGUGCGUGCGUCCCCAACACAUGUGUAUGUGUGUGCGUGUGCUUUUCUUUUUAUUUUUUUUUAAUAAUAUUUCUCACUGAGCUGCGUUAAAUCGAGCCCAAAGAAAGUAAAAAGCAAUCGCGAAUUGCGCCUGAGAAUAUUUCACCUUACAAAAUUCCCAUUCCAAAAUCGCAAAAGUGACUGCAGGCAAAGGCAGCAACAAAACGCAGUGGCAGCGACGUCGGCAGAGCAACAACAACAACAAUCUAGGUGGUGCAGAAGAGAGAGAAAGAGAGAGGGAAAUAUAUUCGACAUGUGAGCUAAUCAGCGAUUUCUACAAACAUUUUCUGCUUCUUAAGGCCACCAAAAAAAACCGAAAUAACACCGAAGAAAAUCCGCGAGAAGUUCGACAUAACGAUUAAUAAUUUAGUUUAUGAUUUAUUUAAGUGACGUCGCGUGUUUUUUUUCUCAACCAGAAGAUACAAAAAAGGGAGAGAAGAAAAAACAGUUAACUUGUGGCCACCAAAAAGCAGUGCAGUCGACGUCGACGUCUCUGCCGGCAGAAGUGGCAAGAAGAAGAACAAGAUUGGAGCUCAAAUUUUAAUAAUCUUUGAUUUUUUUUUUGAAGCCCAUAUAAACAAAUCAUUUAAAACUUGAAAAACAAUGAGCAAUCGCUUAAAAUACUUUACUGCAGACCCAAACCUUUUUUUUUUGGUUUAACCAUGGAAUAUUGAUUACCAAAAACAAAGAGCAUUCUGAAAAAAAGUGAAAACUAGUAAAAAAACAAAAAGUGAAAAUGACGGAGUAUGUGGAGCUAUUAAAUAGUAUGUCCAGUACCUUUAAUAGCGAUUGUGCUACUUCAACUGCGGAGGGUGGUAAUCUUCUAAAUUUGGAUUUGGCGGAGGAUAAAACCCUCAAAUGGCGGAAUUUGGCCAACAAUCAGUUUGCCUGCAAGGACAAAAAGCACAAGGAUAGUAAAGAGGAGGAUAGAAAGAAGGCCACGAAUUUAGAGGAAAUCGAGGAUAUUAAGGGUCUUUUGGCGGAUGUUGUGGAUGCGGCAGCUGUCAAGCUGGAAGAAGAAGAGGCAGCGGCAGAAAAAGCUAAAGAAACUGCAGAAAAUGCUGAAAAACAAGAAGAAAAUGCAGAAGAAGUAAAAGAGAGCGCAAAAGACGAAGCUAAUGAGCAACUGGAGCAGCAGGAAGAAGAAGAGCCAAAAGCCUUGGAAGAAGAAGACGAAAAGGAGGUAGAAGAGCAAGCAGUGCAGGCCAUAACGGUAAAGCUGGAAAGCACCGAGCAGGCAGAGAAAAGUGCAGUAGCAGCAGCAGCAGCAGCAACGUCGGCGUCAACGGCGGCAGCGGACGUGCAGAGGGAAAACAUUAAGACUGAGCAGCAAAAAAAAGAAGCAGCGUCGGAAGAAGAAGCAGCAGCUGGAAAACAGGAAGCAAAUGCAGAAUUACCCAUAAUAACAAAAGGAACACCAACAACAACAACACUGGAAACGGCAACAGCAUCUCCACUUGUUGUCAAUUCUGCCGACACCGGCGUCGACGUCGCUGCUGACGCAACAAAUUCAAAUUCGAAUGUGAACACCGAGCUCCGGGCGGCGACGCCGGCAGAGAUAUCGGCAGCGGCAGCAGCUGAUAAAAAUGAACUGGUUUCACCUGGCGGAACGCGUCGUUCGCGAAGGACACCGCGACCUACAGACACGUCCACGUCCACGCCAACGCCCACGCCCACAGCAGCCAGCAAUGAAGCAGCCGUUCAGGUGGAGAUGGCAGAGCCCGAUUCGUCGGAGAUUAGUUGUCGUCUGGUGGAGGUGCCAACGCUGGAGGAGAUUGCAGCAGCAGUUAGUCUAGAGUUGAAGCAGGAGCCGGAGAAGGAACCGGAGAAGGAGCCGGAGAAGGUGCCACCAACGACGGCAGCAGCUGCAACACCCUCGCCCGAGGAGAGUCCAGCUCCGGCGCCCAAGCGAGGAAGAGGUCGUGCCAAGAAGAUAAGACCGGAUGCCGAGGUGGACACCAGUGAGGUGCUGCCGUUGCCCCUGGGUGAGGAUUCGGUGGUGGAGAAGAAGCCGGGCCGCAAGCGGAAGCUGCCGGAGGAGCAGGCGGCGGAGCACCAGCAACUGAGCGGCGACCUGGUGGUGGUGGUGAAGACCGAGCAGCAGGAGGAGCUCCUCUCCCUGGCAAUGGAUGCUCCCGCGGGCGAUGGCAAGCGGAUGCGUCGCAGUGUCCGUCUGGGCAAUCGGCUGCCCGUCGACGGUGCCACCUGGGAGGAGGUGAAGACGGAGACCCUGCUGCCCGCCCACCUGACGCCGGCGGAGCCCUCAAUGAUGGAGGUCAGCCCGGUGACCGUGCCACCGGCUGUUCUCGACGAGAAGACGCCACCCAAGAAGCGCGGACGCAAGGCAAAGAUUCCCCCGGGGGCGAAAAUCGAACCGGGUACCUCCUCCUCCUCAUCCACCGUUGCGCCCACGCCCCUGACCAAUGGCAGCAAGCGGACCACACCCACGGGCGGAGCCGAACUGCAGUUGCCCAAGCGUUCGAAGAGGCGAAUCAAACCCACGCCCAAAAUCCUCGAAAACGACGAGCUGCGCUGCGAGUUCGAGACGAAGCACAUCGAGCGCAUGACCCACUGGGAAACUGCAGCGGCUGCAGCAGCAGCAGCAGGAGCAGCAGGAGAUGGGGAUUUCGAGACACCGCCGACGGGGGUUGGAGGUGGAUCCAACUCGUCGGCAUCGCGACAGAAGAGCGACAAGUCGGAUGGCAGCAAUUUCGAUGGUCUUCCGGGCCAUCCCGCUGGCACGAGUGCCAUCAAGAAGCGACUCUUCUCCAAGUCGCAGCGCGACAUCGAGAACUAUGGCGCCGCCAUGCUGGCCAAGAGCAAGGUGCGUCCGUGCCCAGAUGUGGAGCAGUUCCUCAGCGACAUCAAGGCGUCGCGCAUCAAUGCCAACCGCUCGCCGGAGGAGCGCAAGUUGAACAAGAAACAGCAGCGCAAACUGGCCAAGCAGAAGGAGAAGCACUUGAAGCAUCUCGGUCUGCAGCGGAAUCACAGCGAGGAGGCCACCGACAACGACAGCUCCAAUACGGACAAUGAGUUUGUGCCCACCACCAGGGUGCAGGUGGGCAAGCCCAGUGUCACGCUGCGUGUGAGGAACACGCAAGUGGCCAAGGAGUUGCCCACAACAUCGGCGGCGGCUGCUGCUCAGCAGAAGUCAUCCGCCAGCCGAAAUCCGGCCAUUGUGCAGCCAGCCAAGGUCACGCGAAGAGUGGCAGUUCGAGGAGCAGGAGGAGCAGGAGGAGCGGGAGCAACGACUGUGACAGCCGGAGCAAGUGCAAGCUCAAGUACCUCCAUUGCCACACUCGAUGCGGAGCAGCUGCACAUGCUAAACACCUCGAUCCUGGCGGAUGUGACGCCCAUCAGGGACGUGGAUGCCAAGCCCGGCACCUCGAAGACGGCCAAGUUCAUCUGUCUGUGCCAGAAGAGUUCGCAGUACUAUGCCCGCAAUGCGCCCGACUCCUCCUACUGCUGUGCCAUCGACCACAUUGACGAGCAGAAGAUCGGCUGCUGCAACGAGCUCUCCGCCGAGGUGCACAAUCUGCUGCGGCCCAGCCAAAGGGUCAGCUACAUGAUCCUCUGCGACGAGCACAAGAAGCGCCUGCAGUCCCACAACUGCUGUGCCGGCUGUGGCAUCUUUUGCACUCAGGGCAAAUUUGUACUGUGCAAGCAGCAGCACUUCUUUCAUCCGGACUGCGCCCAGCGUUUCAUCCUGAACACGCCGUACGAGGAGGGACGUGGUCAGGAGGAGCAGGCCGUCAAGUUCAGUAGUCCCAUGCUGGUGCUCAAGUGCCCCCACUGCGGACUGGACACUCCGGAGCGCACCUCCACGGUGACCAUGAAGUGCCAGUCGCUGCCCGUCUUUCUGCCCACCCAGAAGUACAAAAUCAAACCCGCCAAACUGACCACCUCCUCGCAUCUGGCACAGUUCGGAGGAGCUGGAAAGGCCAAUAGUCCAGGAGCCAAGGCCAAAAGCAAGGGGGUAACUUCCUCCGUCGCCGCCGUUGCCGCGGGCGCAGCAUCCUCUUCAUCAUCCGCCUCGAAGACAAACGGAAGCCAAAAAGGCAAGGCGGCGGGCAACUCCGGCCAGGCUCUGAACACGAUCAACUUUGCGCAGUUGAUACCGGACUCCGUGAUGAACGUGGUGCUGCGUGGGCAUGUGGUGUCGGCCAGUGGACGCGUGACCACGGAGUUUACCUCGCGGGACAUGUACUAUGCGGUGCAGAACGAUGACCUGGAGCGCGUGGCAGAGAUUCUGGCUGCCGACUUCAAUGUGCUGACCCCCAUUCGGGAGUACCUGAAUGGCACCUGCCUGCAUCUGGUGGCCCACCAGGGCACCCUCCAGAUGGCCUACCUGCUGCUCUGCAAGGGCGCCAGUUCCCAGGACUUUGUCAACAUUGUGGACAGCGAACUGCGCACGGCACUCAUGUGUGCGGUGAUGAACGACAAGUGCGACAUGCUAAAUCUCUUCCUGCAAUGCGGAGCCGAUGUGGCCAUCAAGGGACCCGAUGGCAAGACCUGUCUGCAUAUUGCAGCCAAGUUGGGCAACGUGGAGGCCACGCAGUUGAUUGUGGAGAGCUAUCGCGCCUCGCGGAACAUCACCAGCUUUCUGAGCUUCAUCGAUGCCCAGGAUGAGGGCGGCUGGACGGCCAUGGUCUGGGCAGCCGAACUGGGACACACGGAUAUCGUGAGCUUCCUGCUCAACCAAGAGGCCGAUCCGAACAUCUGCGACAACGACAACAACACGGUGCUGCACUGGUCCACGCUGCACAACGACGGACUGGACACCAUUAAGGUGCUGCUGCAGGCGGGAGCGGAUUGCAAUGUGCAGAAUGUGGAAGGCGAUACACCGCUACACAUUGCAUGCCGGCACUCGGUCACACGGAUGUGCAUCGCUCUGAUCGCCAAUGGAGCCGAUCUGAUGAUCAAGAACAAGGCGGAGCAGCUGCCCUUCGAUUGCAUACCCAACGAGGAGUCCGAAUGCGGUCGCACCGUGGGCUUCAACAUGCAGAUGCGCAGCUUCCGGCCGCUGGGCCUGCGCACGCUGGUGGUCUGCGCGGAUGCCUCCAAUGGGCGCGAGGCACGGCCCAUCCAGGCGGUGCGCAACGAGCUGGCCAUGUCCGAAAGCGAGGACGAGGCCGACUCGCUGCUGUGGCCGGACUUUCGCUACGUCACGCAGUGCAUCAUCCAGCAGAACUCGGUGCAGAUCGACCGGCGCGUCUCGCAGAUGCGCAUCUGUUCCUGUCCCGACAGUUGCAGCAGCGAUCGGUGCCAGUGCAACGGAGCCUCCUCGCAGAAUUGGUACACCGCCGAGAGCCGCCUCACCGCCGAUUUCAACUACGAGGAUCCAGCGGUGAUCUUCGAGUGCAACGAUGUCUGCGGCUGCAAUCAGCUGUCGUGCAAGAACCGUGUGGUGCAGAAUGGCACGCGGACUCCGCUGCAGAUCGUCGAGUGCGAGGAGCAGGCCAAGGGAUGGGGCGUUCGAGCACUGGCCAAUGUGCCAAAGGGCACCUUCGUGGCCACCUACACGGGCGAGAUCCUCACCGCCUUGGAGGCCGAUCGGCGCACCGACGACAGCUACUACUUUGACCUGGACCACGGGCACUGCAUCGAUGCCAACUACUACGGCAAUGUGACCCGCUUCUUCAACCACUCGUGUGAGCCAAAUGUCCUGCCCGUUCGCGUUUUCUACGAGCACCAGGACUACCGAUUCCCCAAGAUCGCCUUCUUCGCCUGCCGCGACAUCGAUGCCGGCGAGGAGAUAUGCUACGACUACGGGGAGAAGUUCUGGCGCGUGGAGCACCGCUCCAGUGUGGGUUGUCGCUGCCUGACGCCCGCCUGCAAGUACGCCUCCCAAUCCCCAAGCACAAAUGCCUCGCCCACGGAUGCAGCGACUGCAGCGGAACCGGAAAUGGGAAUGGGAAUGGAAACGGAAACGCAGCCACCCACAAAUGCCUCAGGAGAAAAGGAGCAGGCGUAGGCCACUACCACCAGCACCACCAUUACCAUCACCAUAACACCAUCACCAUCACUACCACCACCAACCACGACCUCAACUCGAAAUGAUUCCAGACUCCUCAGUCUCAGCCGACAACAAAAAGAAGAGAAUACCCACCAAGCCACAUGCAUCAGACAUCUGACAUCACAGCACCAGCAGGAACGAUCGCCAUAUAUAUAGGAUAUAUAUAUAUACACACAUAUAUAUAUAUAUAGUAUGCAUGAUGAAUCGAAAUUGGAGCCGCCUCCACGACGAGGGCCUUCUUCUUCGACUGCCAAAUGUUUCAUGGUUUACAAAUUUUUGUCUAAUUUUACGUUUACAUUUAGUUUUUGUUUAUUAUUAAUUUUUGUUUGAUUUUUAUUCAUUUGUUUUUACCCCUAAUUAUUAAUAUUUUUAUUAUCUCCCAUUAUUUUUUUAUGUUUUAUACGAGAAACUAACCACUUAAAUGGGCAAACUAUUUAUGUGCAAAUCCCAAUUCCUUACCGACCUUUUUGGAUGUGUGUGUGUGUGUGUGUGUGUGUGUGUGUGUGUGUGUGCGAAAUGUAAAUGUUUUAAACUUAAAAUUAGACUUAGAGUUUAUCGGGUGAAUGGAGAAUUACAAUUGCGUUAAAGUGCAUCUAGUCAUAAGAAUGAGGGAGAUAGAGGUUUGAAAAAAAGAAAGGUAGGAGAGCUGGAAAACUCGUUUGUCUAGCUGGCAGUGUAUUUUAAAGUUGUAUUAGCAUGUUCAAGAAAUCAGUAAAAUUAAUUUGUUUUAUUAGCUUCAAAAGGCCUCAAAGUUUAGUGUCUUUGUUCAAACAGGUUUGGCUUUGACUUUUACCAUUUCAAUUUCAUUAGAAGGAAUUAAAAAACAAUUUCAACUAUACUGAAUGUAACAAUAAAGCGAAAGAAAACGAGGAAUUAUUAAGCGGAAAACAUGUUUUUUUUAAUAACAAGCAUUGAUUGUAGAUUAACAUAUAGCAGAUAAGCUAAAGAGGAAACAGUGUCUAUACAACCAUAUAUAGUAUAUUGAAUAUAUAUAUGUCUUUGUGCAGGGUAAAGUACUGAUAGUCGUUAACAGAAGAAUAAGUUCAAGUUGUUUUGUAUUUAGCCAGAAAGCCCCCAAUAUAUAUAUAUAUACACACACACACACACCCCCCCAAACUGGACACCACCUGCUCCUCCAAUCCCGGCCAGAGAGAUUUGCACAAUUCGUUUAAGAAUUUUUCAGUUUGCCAAGCAAAAGUUAGCCAAGCCACAAGUGCCUCAAAGAGAGUUAUACCCCAAGUCCCCGUACCGCACAUCAUCCACUAGGAAACAGCCCCGCCCCCCGAUACGGCUUCAGACCAACAAGGUUUAUAUACAGGAACUAUCUAUCCAGCUAUCACUCGACCAAGAUCACAAACUGCAAUGCAUUUUGGGACAUGACCCUUCGAUAGUCGACAGAGAAUUGAAACGACGGACUGCGGUUCACUCACUAUACUUAACGUGUGUAGAGUUCUCCGAUUCCGAUCAUAUAUUCAUAUAUUAGAUGUAUACAAAUUAGUAUCCUUAGUCCUCGUAGCAUAUCCCCCGCGUCUAACGAUCCCCCGUAUGUGCUAUAUAGUAUAUAGACUUGGAUAUCGGGCUAUAUUAACUUUGAUGUGCGUUUUGCGUCUUUAGGUGUAAGCUGUAAAUGUUUGUAACGACAAUAUAGCAGUAUGUGUAGUUUAAGAUGUAGGUUAUUCCCCUUUUUUCCUUCCGCCUUUCAGCCACUAUCCCUACCCCUAACCACUCCCCUUCUCGCUCCCGACACAAGGUCAAGGGUCAAAGGUCAAAGGACACAAGACGUUCCGCCCGCGACAUUUCAACUGGCAUUUCUAUACGUAUUUGUGUACCUACGAUAAGCAAAAACAAAAAAGAAAGAUUUAUAAACGAAUAUGAGUGUAUAUGGAGUAUGUAUGUACGGUUUCGAUGUCCCCGGAUCUAUUGCAUCCGGAUCACACUUAGAAAUUAUAGCGUAACUCACAAAACAUGUUUGUUUUCAUUUUAAUUGUUAUCGCUGACAGCGAAUGGCUGUCUUAUCUUAUUUGUUUUGUUUGCUUCGGUUUCGUUUUCUUUUUUUUUUCUGUUUUUUGUUUUUGCAGACAUUUCUCGAGUUGUUUCACCCAAAAUAAUGCCGAUUAGUUUGGGGAAUUCGAAAGUAUGCCUCCAUUGGAGAGGCACAUUUCGUUUGCAAUUACGUUAACGUUUAGCCAUAAGAUAUUGAAUCAAUCAAAUAAACAAUAAUUAUGAACAGCA